AUGAUAAAUGUUUUGCCAUAUGUUGUAAUAUCCCUCAAACUAUGCCUUCUUUUUACAUGUAUUCAUUUGAAAAAUAUAUAUCCUUUUGUUUUUUCGAGUUUUUCCUUUUUCCUUUUUGUUUAUCUGUUUUCCUUCCUGCUGUAUAUCAUAGUGUCAUAUCGUAACCCAGGAUAUGUUACCACGUGCCCAACAAAUUACAUAGAGACGGAUCAGAACAUACAAUUGAAAAAUUUUGUUAAACAAAAAAAAUAUAAUAAUACAAAAGAGGAUCAUAAUAAUAAUAAUUUAAAAUAUGAUACAUACAAUAAGUUAUCAUAUUUCUCAACGAACGAUAGCGGAACGUCUUGUAGUUUUUUUUCUUCAAGCACAUCUGAAUGUUCGACUGACGAACUUCGAAGCUUAACCAUUUUACAUCAUAAAAAGAAAAACACAAUAAUAACAGAAAGAUGUAUGAGAAAAAAAGAAAGAUAUAAUCAAGAUUUUAAGAUCGAUGAAAAUUAUAUUAUGACUAAUUACAAGAAAAAGGAAAACCCUAUUGAAGUGAAAAGAAGAUAUAUAUGUUAUAAAAAUAAAAGAAAUGAUCAACUUUAUAAUAGAUGUAAUUUCUUUUUAAAAUUAAAAGAUAUAACGUCUUCAUUAAAUAAGGAGACAGAUGAAAACACACAAAAUGUAGAUACAAAUAUAAUAAAUAUAAAAAAAUUCAACAAACUUAAUAUGUUCAAAAUAAAUAUAACAAAAAAUCAUAUAGUUGUAUUAUAUAAAAAAAAAGUACCGUAUUACAAACCUUUAUAUUUAAGAAAUAUAAAUUAUAUUUUUAUUAAUUCCAAUGGAAAAUUAAAGUACACAAAAAAAAGAACACCAAAUAUGUUUAUAUCAAACAAUAAUAUAAAAUUAAAUAAAAUAAAUAAACAUGAUAUUAUAUUUUAUAAAAACAUAAAAGAAAAAGAGAAGAACAAAAAUAAUCACAUUUUUUAUUUAUAUCGUAAUAAGUUAUAUCAAUAUAAUAUACCAUUACCAUACUGUAAAAUAUGUGAUGUAUAUCAGAUAUUAAGAAGUAAACAUUGUCAAAUGUGCAAAAGAUGUGUGCGAACCUUUGACCAUCACUGUCCUUGGAUAAAUAAUUGUGUAGCUGAAAAUAACAGAAGCUUCUUUUUAUUAUAUUUAUAUUUUGAAUUGUUCACAAUAUGGUGCUCAAUCAAAUUCAUUUCACACGUCGUGUAUCUUACGUUGUACGACGACAACGGAUUUUUAUUUGUGUGGUUAAUUAUAUUAAUCGUGACGAUGACCUUCUUUUUGAUGGCUCUAUGCCUCAUAAUAUACCACAGCUACUUAUGUUUGAUCAACGAGACGACGUGGGAAAAUAUAAGCAAAAAAAAGAUUUGGUAUUUAAAAAAUAUAUCAGAACAAAAUCACAAUCCUUUUUUUUUAGGUUAUAUAAAAAAUGCUUUAAUAUUUUUUUGUUAUAUGCCUUUGCCCUUUAUAUUCCUUGAGAAAAUUAGGGACUUUUGUUUGGGCCUAUUUUUUACAUCCAAUAUGAUAACCUAUGGAAAAGAGGGUGAAAUAAUAUGGAAGAGGAAUACAAAGUUGGCAUAUAGAAGUUCCAUUUUUAUAUAUCAAUGUGUUGAGACAUUUUCUAGGUUCAUAAGAAGAUACUGUUUAUAA